GGCUGCGACGCCACCCCUGCUGGGAAAGCGGCAAAGCACUGGAGGCCCCAGAACCCUCUACCCCUGCGCCGCGCCUGGGGCUGCACGUCGCCUGCUGCCAGUGCUGCGCGGCUCCCUCGAGGUCCCGUCCCCUCCCCCUCGUCGCUUUCUUUCCCUCCACUCUCGUCCAUGAAGGCCACGGGCGCGCGCGGGAAACUGAGCGGGGCAAAGGCGGGCGAGUGGGCGAGCCCUCCUCCCGCAAUGUCUCCCGCCGCCGGCGGCCGCGCGCGCUUCUCGAUCCGGGAGUAUGCAGUGCGGGCGCGGGCGGGGGCGGCGGACGAGCGCAGCAAGUGCUGGCCGUUCGGCAAGGCGGCGGGGCCGCUGCCGCCGAUGGAGGUGCGGCGGUUCCGGUGGUGGGCGGACGAGGCGGCGCUGGCGGCGGAGUUGGAGGUGGAGGAGGAGGAGGAAGAGAGGCGGAAGGCCGCCAUGCGCCGGAAGCGGUCCAUCGUCGAGCUCUUCGCCGCCGUGCCGCCGGUCGGGGCGGGGAAGAGGAAGCUUGACAAGGAGAAGCUUGUGGCCGCCGGGGGUUUGCCCAAGAAGAGGUUCAAGAAGGAGAAGGCCCCCGUUGGCGCUGAGACUACCGCUGUGAGGAAAAAGGAGAAAAGUGGAAACAUCAAGGUCACCUCACUUAGCAUUUCUCAAUUAUUUCAAGAUGCCAUACAAAAGAGGAAGCUCAAAAAAUCUCCUAGCAAGAAAAAGAGAAAUCAAGAGGUCUCAGUUUUACCGAACAAGAAAAGCAUGAAGGGAAGCAAAAAGUCAGUUUUACCUGAUCAGAAGGCUAUAAAGAAUAGUUGUCAGGUUCAAAUCAUUCUUAAGAAACACUUGAGAACAGAAAUAGGUGCAUUUCUGAAAAACAAAGAUGUUACGUGCACACCAAAGUCCUCUUGCAAAUUGAAACAUGUUACAUUUUCUGAUGUGGAUGGCAUAUGUGGAUUGACUGCCUCUCAAUCUAAAGAUAACACGGAGCAAUCACAGCUAAUGCAGGCAUCCCAGCAACCCUCCCAAAAAGGUAAUUCUCAGAUAGUUAAUGGUCAGCACAAUACAGAAGAAACACAGUUGGUGUAUCAACAAUCAGAUGCUAUAUCAGGGACUGCUGAGGAGGAUACCAGCUCUGUACCUGAGAAGGUAGGUUCAAGUGGUAUCUCCUGUGCUGUUCCUCUUACCACAUCAAAAGAAAGAACUAUACUGCGCAAUUCCAUUGGUGUGCAUCAUUUCAUAGAAAUGUCUAAUAGAGGCAAUCGUUUGAACUCCAUGAGCUCAGCUGCAGUAUCUUUUCAACCACUUGCUCAAAACUUGGCUGGCGUAGACUUUCAUUUGCAAGAAGGCAUAUAUCUUGAUAUUGGGUGGCAAGCUGAAGAAAACCAUCGUAUGGCACCACAAGGAACACCUGUUCCUGCUUGUUUAGCAGUGGGGACAAGACCAGGACAUCCUAUGAGAACUCCGUUUCCACAACCUUCCAGCUCUCGUUAUGUUGGUGCUCUCAAAGAAGCAUAUGAUAGGAAUAGAAGCACGGUUAUGCAUGAAAAGUUGGUUGCUAAUGGCCAUUUGACAGAAGUUCAUCCUAGUGUUCUUAGCUCUGGUAAAGACAUGCUGAGCACUAUAAGCUCAACAGGAUCAAACAAAUCAACAGAUCCUCAAACUACAGAUUCUGUAUCUGCAUGCAGAAACAUAAGUGCCAGUGAUGACUAUAUUGGGCUUCCUGUUAAUUCACAUGGUGAAUUCGUCAGGGUUCAACCUGGUGGUACUCUUAACAGUAAAGGGGUGCUUAAAAGACAAUGCUCACUGGAGGAUUCUGUGUAUCCUUCAGCAUCUCCAACUUUUUCCACGCCUAAUACUUCCAUGGAUUAUGCCCAUUCAAGAGUCAACCAUCAAGCUCUGCCAUUUUCUACAGUUGCCAAUUUUGGUAUUCAGCAAGGCCCUCAUCUUACUCACACAAUGCCAACUGCAUAUGGCAUGGGUUUAAGACAGUUUCCAAUUUCUGAAAGAAUGCAACUUCAUAACUACCCAGUACCCAGCAACAAUUCAUGCAGCAAACAACUAGGGAGUUCAGUGCAAUGUUUUUGCUCUCGAUGCCUGCGACAUGAUAAUCAACUUCAGAAGUCGCUUGAGAUGCAAAGCUGCUUCCCUGGACAGAAUUAUGUGCAAAGUAUCCAACCCGCUGUUGAAACAACUAUGCGCCUAAUGGGCAGAACAGUUACUCUUGGAACCAGCAGUAAACAGUGUGGAGGUCUAGAAAACAAUGGUCCAUAUUCCAGUAAGCAAAUCAGAGUUGAAGAUCAUUACUUACCAGGAACAAGUACAAAAGUUUUUCCCAAGCUGUUCUGUGGAGGGUUGGUUGAUCCUCCUAGCACAUUUAGGAUGUCAAAUGGAGAGAGACCGCCAUCUGAAUAUGCAUCAUGUUUUUCUUCUCUUCCAGCAGCUGAGCUAGGGCCUGGUUUUGAUACAAAUAGUUUCAGAACAAGCAAUCACAGUCAACAGCCUCAGUUAGCUGUGCCAGACACGCUGUUUAUGCAACCAGUGAAAAGGUACAAUGAGUCUGGGUCAGGGCAUCAGCGACCAAGUGUAGAAAGUCAAGUUCAAGGCACUGCUAACCACCUACAGCUUGGUCCUGUGCACCACAGACGCACUCCUAGUGUUGCAUCAAUGUCAUCUUAUGAUCCAAAGAACAACUUUAAAAACUUUGCAGAACCAAGAGCAGGGGCAUCCGAGUUCAGCUUUUUCCCUCAAAGAAGUUGCAACAUGACACAGAGGACCCCAGUAUCACCUUUUCUGUCUGGUUACUACUCUGUUCAGAGCAGUCCUGCCUUAACAACUCCAACAAAGUUUACCUCCCUCCGUCCAUUGCCCCCUUCAAUGAUCUCUUCUCAUGUUUACAGUAGUGAAAAUGCAGAGCCUCAUGGAUCUACUCCAUUUCAUCCAGCAGCUCCCCUCUCCCGUCGAUCAGAAAUUAAUAAUGCCCCUGGUGAUGCGAUCCUUACAGGAACGAAGCAGACAGAACAGGCUCCCAUAGGAUCAAAUCUUGAGAGUUCAAAACAAAUCAACAAAAGUUGCAAGAGACCAGCUGAAAAUGAUGAUGUGUUGUUGACAAUAUCAAAGAAACCUUGCAUACCAGUAGGAAAGGAUGUAAAUAUGUCACCACUCCCAGCAGAAGAGCUAGGAUUCGGUGGAUCUAAACCAGAUGGGCAACCUCUAUAUAUGCCUGUUCGUCUUGGCAACCGACCUGAAAUGAAUCUUCGACUUGUAAAUGGUCCGGCAUGGUCAGAUCCUGUCGACAGUGUGGUAGCAAGACCUGUUAAAUUGAAGCCCGGAGCAAAGCACAUACUUCAGCCAUGUGCUAGUGCUAGUACAGAUCAAGAACAUUCCUGGCCUGUGCAUUCGGUCGUACAGCUUGCAGCGGAGAAUGAUGCUUUUACAGUAGGUUCAUCAAAGAAGAUGGAUGCUGAAAGCUACAGAGUGCAACCACUCCCGGAGGUAAAUGCAAGCCUUUUAUGAUCAUUGGAUCGACUGGCUAUUCAUGAAGAAGCUUCAUGCCCUGUGGUCCAACCUGAAACCAGAUUAAUAAUUUCUACGGGAGGUAUUUUGUGGCUUCUUGCAGGUUGCAACAGCUUUCUCCCGUAAUGUUGUAGCCUGAACUUCGUACUGUUUGUUAUCCCCUGCAUUUUGAUAGGAUGACAGUUUUCAGUGCUUGGGAUAGAUUGAAUUUUCCGGCACUGAGACUUAUGUUAGUUGGUUUUCGUCAUGUUAAUUUGUAACUGCUGGGUUGGCGAAUUCCCCCAGCAAUGGAUGUUCUUUCAAGGCAAAAAAAAAACAUAUGUUUAAA